AUGCUCCUAGCGGGCACCCGGUCCUCCUGGGGUGGUGGUGUUGCGGCAGGGCUCCAAGCCUUCACCGGCAGCCCAUUCUCAGUACGUCUGUCGGGAGGUCCGAACCUCUGCAUCGGACGGGUGGAAGUCUUUCGCCGAAGCCAAUGGGGGACGGUCUGUGACGAUGAGUGGGACGUGCUGGAUGCGGCCGUGGUGUGCCGAGAGCUGGACUGUGGGGAGGCUCUUUCCGCACCCCAUGGUGCCUGGUUUGGCGAAGGCACUGGUACCAUCUGGCUAAACGAGGUGCGUUGCCUGGGCACCGAGCGGCAUCUCCACGCCUGCCGCCACAAAGGCUUCCGCAGGCACGUCUGCACCCAUGAGGAGGACGCCAGUGCCAUCUGCUCAGUUCAGCGCUUCUCUCCUUUCACGUCCUUUUCUCCUCCCCCAACUGUCAGAGGGGACGAAAUUGAGACGGUAACGGCUGCAAGACCAGCGCCUUCUGUACCUGCAGAGGGGACUCCUGCCCUGCGCCUCAUGGGUGGCAGAAAUCACUGCUCUGGCCGGGUGGAGGUGUUCCACCAGGGGCAGUGGGGGACUGUAUGCGACGACAUGUGGGGGCUUCCAGAUGUCGCUGUCGUCUGCCGCGAGCUGGGCUGCGGCGAGGCCCUGGCAGCUCCAGGGGGAGCCAUUUUUGGCGUGGGGAACGUCAUCUGGUUGGAUGAUGUGCAGUGUGACGGUGGAGAGUCAACGCUGACCGAGUGCCUCGCCAGCCCAUGGGGGACGCACAACUGCCGACACAAUGAAGCUGCUGGGGCUGUGUGUUCAGAUGAGAUGCCCCUCACCAUGGUGGAAGAACACCUGGCCACACUCGCAAGGACCUUGGCACCCCAGAGGCCCCAACCUAUAACCCACAGGAGAUCUCCACGUCCUACUCGGCCAUCAAGGGAUCAGGCAGGAUCUGUAGCUCAUGAAGCAUCAUGGCAUAUAAGAAAGAGCUCGACAGAAGGACAUUCUGAGGCGAUACUAGCUGGACAGUGGCAGGUGCGGCUAGUGGGGGGCUCCGGAUCCUGUGCUGGACGGGUGGAGGUUCUGCAUAAAGACUCCUGGGGUACUGUGUGCGACGAUGGCUGGGACCUGUUGGAUGCGACGGUGGUGUGCCGUGAGCUGGGCUGCGGGGCCCCUCUUCUCAGUCCCGGAAACGCACGAUACGGACCGGGAUCUGGACCCAUCUGGUUAGAUGAUGUCAACUGUACCGGGAAAGAGUCCACUCUGCAGCACUGCCAAUCCCAGCCCUGGGGGCAGCAUAACUGCAACCAUCACGAGGACGCUUCUGUCAUCUGCAUAGGCACCUGGAAGCCCCUGUCUUUGCCAGAACCUGCCACGGAUUCAAAUGUAGCUGAAUUGAUUCCCACCACACAGGUGCCAAAAUCUGAGAGAGAAACCGGGCCAACCAGCUUUUCAGGAAUAGAACUUCUUCCGGUCACGCAAGACCUCACAGACACAAUGGAGACGGUGACUCAGGUCCAGUGGGAUGACAUCCCUGGGGUGCCGCCGGUCACACAGGAACCCACCAACCCCUCUGCUGAAACUCCGCCAGCCUCCGUCUUGUGGGUUUGGGAGUCUGAGAGAGAAACUGAGCCACCAAAUCCUUCAGGAACGGUCACACUCAGACAAAGUCUCAAGGCUGCCAUGGAGACUGAGCCUUCCAUCCAGUGGGACAACAUGUCCAGAGAACCUCCAGUGACGCAAAAAGCAGAACCAAGUAGCCUCUCCACUAAAACUGAGUCCACCUCAGCCAUAUGGGUUGUAGAAUCUGAGAGAGAAACCGAGCCAACCAGCGCUUCAAGGAUAGAACUUCUUCCAGUCACACAAGACUUCAAAGACGCCAUGGAGACUGUGACUCAGGUCCAGUGGGAUGACAUCCCUGGGGUGCCACCAAUCACAAAGGAACCCACCAACCCCUUCUCUGUCAAUCAGCCAGCCUCUGCCAUGUGGGUUGGGGAAUCUGAGAGAGGAACUGAGUCAGCCGUUCAUGGAGGGAUGGGACUGUUCCCGUCCUCAGAGAGCUUGGAGGCUACAAGGGAGAUGGAAAUGCCAACUGCCACACAGAACAUACAACCUACGAACGACAGGGAAGACAUCAGCCCUGAAGCCCCAGACUCCAUUGUUCCCAAUACCUCGAGCUCAUGGGAUGGAGCAGAUGUUUCUGGUGUGACUGAUGUAUUGUCCAGAAGUCCAGUUCAGCACAUAUUGGACACAGACGGUCCAUCCGAGAAAGACUUGAGCUCAGGAGUCACGGAAAGAGGGCCAGAGGCUGUCUCCACAACCGGUCAGACCAAGGCACCGGGGACAAGCAAACCAUCCCCUGAGCCAGUCAGCCCCUCUGGUCAGCUCAACAAAAUGUCUCCUGGCUGCUCUGUUAGGCAGGAAACAAGGAAAGAGGAGCAAGACUGCGGCUGUUGGGCUGAUACCCUGGGGAAAGAGGUCCACGCAAUGGACAGUCUUCGUGGGGAACUGGGCUCCCUCUCCACAGCCAUCAGGCAACAGGGUUCUCAGCUGGAGGCCGUGGCCCGAAGUUUGGCUGAGCUGGCUGUGUCUGUGCACCGACUGGUUGGGGCACUGCCUGCCCUGACGCAGCCGGUUCCAGCAUCACUCUCCUCAUCUCCCUGUAGGCAGGGAUAUUCCAACAGGGCGAGAGAUUAG